UACUACCGAUCGGCCAUGUCCCACGGCUCGCAGCCCAGGGAAUUCCUCAGCCCAGAGGUGCUCCAGCAUAUCUGGGACUUCCUGGAACAGCCAAUAUGCUCGGUUCAGCCGAUCGAUCUGAACUUCAUCGAUGGCCCAUCUGAAAAUGGUCCUACAAACAAAAUAGAGAUUAGCAUGGACUGCGUCCGGGUGCAGGACACAGAGCUGAAUGACCCAAUGUGGCCACAGUAUACGAACUUGGGGCUCCUGAACAGCAUGGACCAGCAGAUCCAGAAUGGCUCUUCCUCCACCAGCCCCUACAACACGGAGCACGCGCAGAACAGCGUCACAGCCCCCUCGCCUUACGCCCAGCCCAGCUCGACUUUUGAUGCCCUCUCACCCUCCCCAGCCAUCCCUUCCAACACAGACUACCCAGGACCUCACAGCUUUGAUGUAUCAUUUCAACAGUCCAGCACAGCAAAGUCAGCAACGUGGACGUAUUCCACUGAACUGAAAAAGCUGUACUGCCAGAUCGCCAAGACAUGUCCCAUCCAGAUCAAAGUGAUGACCCCGCCUCCUCAGGGAGCUGUCAUCAGGGCUAUGCCAGUCUACAAGAAAGCUGAACACGUCACCGAAGUGGUCAAACGCUGCCCGAACCAUGAGCUGAGCCGGGAGUUCAACGAGGGGCAGAUUGCGCCUCCCAGCCACCUGAUCAGGGUGGAAGGGAACAGCCAUGCCCAGUACGUAGAAGACCCCAUCACCGGGAGGCAGAGUGUGCUGGUCCCCUACGAGCCACCCCAGGUUGGUACGGAGUUCACGACAGUCUUGUACAACUUCAUGUGUAAUAGUAGCUGCGUGGGAGGGAUGAACCGUCGCCCGAUCCUCAUCAUUGUGACACUGGAAACCAGAGAUGGGCAAGUCUUGGGCCGCCGAUGUUUCGAAGCCCGCAUUUGCGCUUGCCCAGGCAGAGAUCGCAAAGCAGACGAGGACAGCAUCCGCAAGCAGCAAGUCUCCGACAGCACAAAGAAUGGUGAUGCUUUUCGACAAGGAACUCAUGGCAUACAGAUGACAUCUAUCAAAAAAAGACGUUCCCCAGAUGAUGAGCUCUUAUACUUGCCGGUGAGGGGACGGGAGACAUAUGAAAUGCUACUAAAGAUCAAAGAGUCCCUGGAACUAAUGCAGUACCUUCCCCAGCACACGAUUGAGACCUACCGGCAGCAGCAACAGCAGCAGCACCAGCACUUGCUCCAGAAGCAGACCUCCAUGCAGUCGCAGUCAUCCUACGGCUCCAAUUCUCCACCGCUCAGCAAAAUGAACAGCAUGAACAAGCUGCCCUCGGUCAGCCAGCUAAUUAACCCCCAGCAGCGCAAUGCCCUGACCCCAACCACCAUUCCCGACGGCAUGGGAACCAACAUUCCAAUGAUGGGCACCCACAUGGCCAUGACCGGCGACAUGAAUGGCCUCAGCCCCACUCAAGCGCUGCCUCCUCCCCUCUCCAUGCCUUCAACGUCCCACUGCACCCCCCCUCCUCCGUACCCCACAGACUGCAGCAUCGUCAGCUUCUUAGCGAGGUUGGGCUGCUCAUCCUGUGUGGAUUAUUUCACGACCCAGGGGCUGACCACCAUCUAUCAGAUUGAGCAUUACUCCAUGGAUGAUCUGGUGAGCCUCAAGAUCCCGGAGCAGUUCCGCCAUGCCAUCUGGAAGGGUAUCCUGGACCACCGGCAGCUCCAUGACUUCUCCUCCCCUCCCCACCUCCUGCGCACCCCCAGCGGCGCCUCCACCGUCAGUGUGGGCUCUAGCGAAACCCGGGGGGAGCGGGUCAUCGACGCAGUCCGCUUCACGCUCCGGCAGACCAUUUCCUUCCCGCCCCGCGAUGAGUGGAAUGACUUCAACUUCGACAUGGAUGCCCGGCGCAACAAACAGCAACGCAUCAAGGAGGAAGGGGAGUGA